CCCCAUCAUUGGUGUCAGUGGGAAGAAACGUGCCCCAUCGUUGGUGUCAGUGGGAGGAAUAGUGCCCCAUCGUUGGUGUCAGUGGGAGGAAUAGUGCCCCAUCGUUGGUGUCAGUGGGAGAAUAGUGCCCCAUCGUUGGUGUCAGUGGGAAGAAUCGUGCCCCAUCGUUGGUGUCAGUGGGAGGAAUAGUGCCCCAUCGUUAGUGUCAUGGGGGGGAAUAGUGCCCCAUCGUUGGUGUCAGUGGGGGGUGGAAUAGUGCCCCAUCGUUGGUGUCAGUGGGGGUGGAAUAGUGCCCCAUCGUUGGUGUCAGUGGGGGGUGGAAUAGUGCCCCAUCGUUGGUGUCAGUGGGGGGUGGAAUAGUGCCCCAUCGUUGGUGUCAGUGGGGGUGGAAUAGUGCCCCAUCGUUGGUGUCAGUGGGGGGUGGAAUAGUGCCUCAAAUGACAGAGUGGGUCAGUGCAUUUUG